CCCCACCCCCACCCCUCACUUCUUUAGAUUCUAGAGAGAGAAACCCACCACCACCACCACCACCACCACCACCACCAUGUCCACCACCACCACCACCAUCUUUCCCGACGACUUCAAAUGCCCUAUUUCCCUCGAAAUCAUGUCCGACCCCGUCAUCCUCUCCUCCGGCCACACCUUCGACCGCUCCUCCAUCCAACGCUGGCUCGACAAAGGCCACCGUACUUGCCCAAUUACCAAACUACCCCUCUCCGACAACCCCUCUUUAAUCCCCAACCACGCCCUUCGCAGCCUUAUCUCCAAUUACACCGCUUCCAAUUUCCCCAAAUCCCUUCAAAAUCGUCAAGACUCCGAAACCCUAAUUUCAAACCUGACUUCCAAAAAGUCUUCGCCGGAGGUCAAACUGGUCUCAAUCGAGCAGCUUUGUGUUGUUUCAAAGCGGGAUUUUGAGCUCCGUAAGCGGUUGACGGAGUCUGGAGCUGUGGCGGCUGUGUUGAACUGUGUGGGGAUGAAGGAUUUUGUUCAGUUGGUUGAGAAAGCUUUGAAAUUGUUGUUGAAUUUGAGUUUGGAUGAUGAUAAUAAGGUGGGUUUGGUGGCUGAAGGUGCGAUUAGUAAUGUGGUUGAUGUGUUAUGUAAUGGGGAGUCUGCGGAUUGUCGGGCGACUGCCGCGACGGUGUUGACGAGUCUUGCGGUUGUGGAGGUUAACAAAGCGACAAUCGGGGCGUACCCGUUUGCGAUUAGAGGGUUAAUUGGGCUUUUGAGAGAAGGGGGUGGGAGGGAGAGGAAGGAAGCGGCUACUGCGCUUUACGCGCUUUGUUCGUUUCCGGAUAACCGUAGGCGCGCGGUGGAGUGCGGGGCGGUGGAGAUUUUGGUGAAUUCGUUGAGUUCGGGGCUUGAACGGGCGGUUGAAGUAUUGGGCUUAUUAGCUAAAUGUAAAAGAGGGAGGGAAGAGAUGACAAGGUUCAAUGGGUUGGUGAAGAUUUUGAUUCAUGUGAUGAGUAGUGGAACUUCAAGGGGGGUGCAGUAUGCGCUUUUGACGUUGAAUUCGCUUUGUUCGAGUAGUGAAACGGUUUGUAUGGAGGCGUUGAAGGAAGGCGUGUUUGAAAUGUGUUUGAGGUUUUUGGAAGAUGAUAACGAAAAGGUUAGAAGGAAUGCGUCGAGUUUGAUCAAGGUUUUCGGUGGUGCAGGGCGCAAUCCAUAGGAGGUCAGUUGGGUUCUAAUUCUAUGUUUUAAAAAAAAAAAAAUUUGUUCAGGAAAAGAAAGGAAACACAAGUUUAGAUUUUGGUUGAAAUGAUGUUGUCAAUUGAUAUAUUGUACAUUUUGCAAUAAAUUUGGCCAAAAAUAGUAAGUUCCUUGUUGUAACAUGUCAAUAGAAAGUUCAAAUUUUGUUCAUUA